AUGAAGCUGGCCGUGUUCAGCGCUAAAUCCUACGAUCGCACUUACCUGGAGGAGGUGCGCUCUCAGCGAUUCUCUCAAUUGUGUGAGAUUGAGUACCAUGCCUUUGCCCUGUCCGAGGAGACCGUACCGCUGGCUAAAGGCUGUGAUGCGGUUUGCGUCUUUGUGAACGACACCCUCGAUGCGCGCGUCCUGCACGCCUUACAUGCCGGUGGCGUGCGGGCGAUCCUGCUGCGAUGUGCGGGAUUCAACCACGUCGACUUACCGACUGCCGAAACAUUAGGCCUCUUCGUUGCCAAUGUGCCAGCUUACUCGCCGGAAGCGGUGGCCGAGUUCGCCGUCGCCUUGGUUCAGACGCUGAAUCGCAAGACUCAUCGUGCCUACAAUCGAGUGCGGGAAGGGAACUUCAAUAUCGAGGGCCUCCUGGGAACCACCCUGCACGGCAAGACGGUCGGUAUCAUCGGGGUGGGACGCAUCGGCCUCGCGACCGCGCGCAUCUUCCAUGGCUUUGGCUGUCGGUUACUCGCUCACGACCCCUUUGCGGGGGAUGAGUUCCGUCAGUACGGGGCCCUGGUUAACCUGGACACCUUGCUGCAGGAGAGCCACAUUGUCAGUUUGCACUGCCCGCUGACCGACGGCACGCGCCACCUGAUUAAUGAGACCACGCUCAGGCGGAUGCGGCCUGGUGCAAUGUUGGUGAAUACGUCCCGAGGAGGCCUCAUCGAUACAACGGCAGUCACCCACGCCUUGAAGACGCGCCAUCUGGGUGGAAUUGCACUAGAUGUCUACGAGGCCGAGGGCGAGUUAUUCUAUAAUGAUCACUCGGGAGAAAUCAUUGACGAUGAUGUCCUGAUGCGCUUGAUGACGUUCCCCAAUGUUCUGGUCUGUGGGCACCAGGCCUUUUUUACCCGGGAGGCACUCACCGAGAUUGCCGAGGUCACUUUGACGAACUUGACGGCCUUUGUGGACGGUCUGUCAUGCCCCAAUUCACUUGUCACCGAGGGUCAUGUCCUCGUGCGGGCAGAUACGGCUCCAGUGCGAUUGUAG